CAGUCAAUAUUUAAAAAGUUGAAUAAUUAAACAUAACUAAUCCGUUAGUUAAGGGGAAAAUAAAACAUAACCUGAGUAACUCUAGGCCAGUUCCAACAUUAUGCAUUCGGUUCAACUCGCGUCUGAAGUGCCUUUCAUUUUUAAAACGUUGACUCAAAUUAUGUGGGACAACCUGUAUAUAUAUAUAAACACCAGAAAGUGCUGUUGGCAUUUCUUUUUUUUUUUUUUACUUUUCUAACCAGCACUCAUUACGCCCCUCAUCGCGGCCUGGCAAGGCACAGCUGGCUGCAGCGCCGCUGUUGAAUGGAAAGCAGGUCGGUAAGCCUGGCAAAGCCAACGUUGGGCAUAGUUGGGCAAAGCGACAGCUGUGCGGAUCUGACGUCAAGUGAUAUCCGGCCGUUGGCCACAAUGAGCACGACCGUGCUCGCUCGGCCGCUCGCCUGCUGCCUGUUCGUUUCUCGCGUGCAUUGACGUCCCCCAUUCAAUGGUUCACCUCCGAAAAUUUUGUUGAGUGCGCGACAGUGAGCCCGCUGAGCUUGGCGAUAUCAACGGCUGACCUGAAAAUGGCAACGAGCCUGUGUAGAAGCAAGACUGAACGCAUUCAGCCUCUAGCUUCAGCAGGACGCAGCAUCUCCUUCGAAACGGAUGGGCUUCCAAGUGACGAUGAGACCGUAGUGUACUGCAUGGACUGCUCAAGUGCUGCAGCUUUCAGUCCUUGGUCAGAGCAGACUGCACCGACUGGCAAUUCCUCAUGGGAUGAAGACUUCAACACUAGUGCUACAGCCCAAGUUCAGCAAACCCUUGAAGCCAUAGACAGUUACUUGUAUGAAGAAAAAGAUAAUGAACCCGGAGGUGCUGACUUGAAUGAUGAACUCAAGCUUGAGUGUGAACGGUGGAAGCAACAGUUCCCAUACCUUCGUGUAAUUGGCAAGAAGCUUGCCUCUCCAACGGCAACUGUUGCUAAAAGUAUCUGUAUAAAUGGUGGUUCUACCUCAACAGAAAGCAAGUGUGACUCGGAGGCAAGCUGGUCGGCAGAGGACGAGGUGCUAAAGAAAAAUGUUAUAGACCAUCUAUGUGCCAUUUUUUGGCCUGAGGUUCAGCUUUGGCUAGACAUCUCUCAUCAGCAUCUUGACUUUGACCACUUGAAUCUAAGGCACUUGCACUGGGACCUAGACAAGGAGGUACGCAACAGCCAGCAAAACUUGGAAGGAGUGUUAACAGUGACACCAAAGCUCCUAAGUGAUCGUUUCUCAGAAAGAGCCUGCUCUUCCACAUUUUCCUCAAGGUCAAGCACUGCACAAUCCAUGCUCAGGCAGGGCUCCAGGCAGCAGUGGUCAUGUGAUAAACAGCAGCGGCAGUAUCAACCACCAGUGGCUUCCAGGUGCACUUCAAGGCCACGGCCCUUGCUGCCACCGUUAAGCUCUGGCAGUAAUGGCAGUAGCUCCAGCAAAGUGCCUCUGUCUUCACUGUCCAGCAGAUCUGAAAGGACAAGUAGUGGAUCUUCGACAUCCAAACUACCACCUAUUGACUCUGCCUCUCUUCAGUCUAUGUAUGUAGAAGGACAUCGUAUCAAUGUGUCAGAGCGACCCCUGUCCCGAAGUAUGAACAGCUGUUGCCGCAGGCCCAGGGCGGAAAAGUGAUGUCUACAGUGUCAUGCUGAGUGGUGUACUAUAGCAUUGUGCCAAAUCUGUACAGAUGUUGAGUGGAAGUGGUGCACACUUCAGGACAGCUUUCUCGCAAAAUGAGACACCUUAGCUCAUUGUUCUUUUGUUUUUUCCAAGGGAGUGAAAGGCUUGUGCUGCAAAGCCCUGGUGGUCCUGACUCUGCUCUUUUCCUUCCUCCGGUGUCUUUGUAUCCCCUUGAUAGCUCAUGCAGGAAGUUUUGCAUGUUACAAAAAUGCAAAGCAUUUGUAAUAUUUUAAAGUUACCUGCAUGGUUGAUUGGACUGGUUGCAGUUAAAUUUACUUUUUGAGAACAUGUAAAUUUUGUGAUAUGCAGUUACUGUUGUCUUGUUCAUGUUUCAGUGUUUUCGGUGUGUGUUUGUUGGAGUUCAGCUCUUUCAUGUAUGGUUUCCGCAUGAUGUGUGAAUAAAUGAUUGCUCUGCUUGUCUCAACUGACUUGUAACUGUGUUGCACGGCUUUUUUUAUGACUGAUAUAUUUAAAAUCUGUCUUUUUAUGAAUGCUUGUUGGCACGAUCGGUAUUUCUACUUGGACAUAACGAAAUAUAAGCGCAGGUAGUGGAAUGUACAUACAUUCUCCAGCACUCGUAAUGUAUAGAUAUUUUUUUAGGGCUUGGUGCUUAAAACUUACGCAUUUAUAUAUUUCUGUGUUGCAGUUGUGCACCGAUAUGGUUACAUUUAUGGUAGUACCUUUGUUACAAAGUGCCAAAGAGGGAGAGAGUUCUCCCUCCUUGGCAUCUGCGUUAACCUUAAUUGCAGUUUUCGCACGCAACAAAUUUUGCCAAAUCAACCCUUGCUUAUGGAGUGCAAUUAGUAUUGUCACUCGGCAACUGCAGUUUUGUAUGUUUCGUGAAUAAAACCUAUCGCGGUAUGCAUAA